AUGAUCCUCUUUCGCUCAUUCCUUUCAUCGUGCGCCUUGCGGCCUUCCAUCUUCUCCCUACUUGUCGUUUCGGCGCUUGCUUCGAAGGCGCUUGUGCUAUAUCUGCAUCUGGGCGUUGUUAAUGGCCUUCUCAUAGCCUUGUAUUUCCCGACCUUCUUUAUUCUAGAAGGACUGCUUUUCACUGGGGUUUGGUACCUAUUCCAGAGGAGUGCCGGGCUGAAAUACGUCGUCGGGACGGUUGUUUCUGGAUUUUUGACUGUGAUUACGUAUUUUGCGGCCUCGUCGGAAUUCGCUUUCUACUUUGUAACGGGUAGUGAAGUGGAUUGGGAUGCUGCCACGAGCGUGGGCAGUGACCCUGAAGGGCUCAAACUGAUGUUGAGCGGUUUGACGCCUUGCCUCUGGGCUGCCUUUGCACUAUUGAUCGCCGCGUUUCUGCUCGCCCCCGGAAUAAACCUCUUGAUGACUUGGUGGUGGUCCUCAAUAUCCAGCAUGGCUGCAUACGUGCCAGUCGAGCAGCUACCCAUGUUCAAUAUAGGAGGCCAACUGCGAAAGUGGCUGAUGAGAUUGAACUUUGUCGGAGCAUGUACCAUGUGUCUGGCACUGAGCACUCUGGGAUUGUGGCUCAUUCGGCCUCCGGUGCCUUUUAACCAUAUGUCGAGAGCUCUUCCUUUCUCCGUAUUCUGGGGCUUCGUUCCGCAUCACCACGGUCCUCCGCCGCCGGAUGGCUUUCGAUUUCCGUUUCCCUGGCUUCUUGCGAAGGAGUUCUGGGAACCUGCCCGGGAUCAUUACAAGGGAUGGGCUCCGAGAAUGGGACCACCACACCCUCAUCAUCACCGUCCGCCUCCUCCCCCACCGGAGGAAGGAGAUGCGAAUGUUCUUCCGGAAUGGGCUACUCGGACGAAACUACCCUCGGGCUUUGUGAGAUGGGCUGCUGGCGAACGGGGAUCUGACGCACCAGAGAACUAUACGACGCAUAAUUUCUAUAACCCGGUUACUGAUCCGUUGAGAAUAACGAAUCUUGAUCUUGAAGUUUUGGAACCGUUAUCGCAGACAUUUAAGGAACAUGAUGUGCUCAUAACUCAUAUUGUCAUGGUCAUGAUGGAGAGUGCACGGAAGGACAUCUUCCCUUUCAAAUAUGGAUCGCAUCUGUACAAGCAGAUCCUUGAAUCUUAUGGUACCAACAAUGGGACAGUUAUCGAAGAACUUAAUUUCAAACUUUCACGCAUGACUCCCUUUGCGGAAAUCUUGACUGGUGAAUCCAGCGGCUUCCCGUCCACUGUAAAUGACCAUGAGGGCGAACAAGAGGAGGAGCAUAACACCCCAGCAGGCUCUGGAUUUGGUGGUAUAAAUGUCAACGGGGUAGUUACGGGGAGCAGCUUCUCAUGCAAGAGUGUUCUUGUGGAUCACUGCGGAGUAAGCCCAUUGCCAAUCGAGUGGAUGGGUGAGGUCCGUCAGACGAUUUACCAGCCAUGUAUCAUGCAGAUACUGAAGCUGUUCAACCGACUAAAAGAAGAUUCUUCUGCAAAUUCCACCGUUGAUAACACGACUACGUUCAAGGAUGUCCAUGAGCGGAAAUGGAGGACAUAUUUUGCACAGUCAACCACCGGUGAAUUUGGAGAGGAGGCUCCGCUUACUGAGCAGAUGGGCUUCGAUAAGGCUAUUUUCCGAGAAGAUCUUGCCGAUCCUACUGCGCCGUACUAUCACUCGGGGAUGGAGAAGGUCAAUUACUUUGGAUAUCCCGAGCACGAGUUGUAUCCGUACAUGAGAGAUAUGAUCAACGACACGCUGUCAAAUGGUGACAGGAUCUUCCUAUCCCAUUUUACCGGUAGUACGCACCAUCCAUGGGGCGUUCCCCGUAAGUUCCCGACGGAGCAGUACUUUCCAGAGGGGAGCCUUUACUCAAAGCAUGAGGAUCUGAAUGCCUAUCUGAACACGGUCCGUUAUGUCGACAGCUGGCUCGGGGAUGUUAUGAAGUUGCUGAAUGAGUCGGGGAUUGCAAACGAGACGUUGAUUGUUCUAGUGGGAGACCAUGGCCAAGCGUUCGUUGAAGAUUCCCAGAAGACAGGAACAUACGAGAAUGGCCAUAUAAGCAAUUUCCGCAUCCCCCUUGUCUUCUACCAUCCGUUGCUACCUCGCUUUCAGCUCGCAGCCAAUGCAUCCUCGAUGUCUAUUGUCCCUACCAUUCUGGAUCUGCUCAUCAACACGCGAUCGUUAAAUGACGAGGACACGGACGUAGCUUUGGACUUGAUCAACGAGUAUGAAGGGCAGUCGCUCCUUCGUCCGUACAAGAACAUCCAUAAUGGACGACAGGCAUGGCAUUUUGGCAUUAUAAACACAGGCGGCACGAUGCUCAGCGUAGGAUCUGCAGCGGCCCCCUUCCGGCUGAUUGUGCCCCUUAACAAGGAGAAGGAAUACACAUUCACAAACCUUGACAAUGAUCCGUACGAACUUCAUAUGGUCAAGGAGUUCGAUCUACACCAGCUGGUAAAGCUUGUCCGUCAGAAGUAUGGAGAAGAUGCUGCGCGCUGGGUCGCUGAUGCAGAUCGAAUUGGGAAAUGGUGGGUGAACGACAGGAAAAGGCUUUACAACUAUCACGACUAG